AAAACCCAGAACCAGAUCUAGGGUUUAUUCUUGAAGGUCUUCGCGUGUUCAAAGGUCAGCUGUUAAUACUAUCAACUCUCUCUCUCUCUCUCUCUCUCUCUCUCUCCCUCUCUCUCCUGUUCUAUUCUGUUCAACCAAUUCAAUUCAAUUCACUCUUUCUAAAUCUCACCAACUGAAACUGGAAAAAAAAACCCUAACCCUAACCUCGUCUAUUAGGAAUAGAAAUAGCAUGGGUGAGUUAAAGGACACCGAGGCUUACGAGGAAGAGCUCAUCGACUACGAAGAAGAAGAUGAAAAGUCUACCGACCCUUCCAAACCCGCUGUUGAAAUCGCCAAGAAGGGUUAUGUUGGCAUCCAUAGUUCAGGAUUUCGAGACUUCCUGUUGAAACCGGAGCUUCUUCGAGCCAUUGUUGAUUCGGGAUUUGAGCAUCCUUCAGAAGUGCAACAUGAGUGCAUCCCUCAAGCAAUUUUAGGAAUGGAUGUCAUUUGCCAAGCAAAAUCUGGGAUGGGAAAGACUGCUGUUUUUGUUCUUUCAACACUCCAGCAAAUUGAUCCUGUUCCUGGUCAAGUUGCGGCUCUUGUUCUUUGUCACACAAGAGAACUAGCUUAUCAAAUUUGCCACGAAUUUGAGAGGUUCAGCACAUAUCUUCCUGAUAUAAAAGUUGCUGUUUUCUAUGGUGGUGUCAAUGCCAAGGUUCACAAAGAAUUGCUCAAGAAUGAAUGUCCCCAUAUUGUUGUUGGAACACCUGGGAGGAUUCUUGCUCUUGCCAGAGAGAAGGACCUUGGUUUAAAGAAUGUGAGGCAUUUUAUACUUGAUGAGUGCGACAAGAUGCUCGAAUCACUUGACAUGAGAAGAGAUGUGCAAGAGAUUUUCAAAUUGACUCCCCAUGAUAAGCAAGUGAUGAUGUUUUCUGCUACACUCAAUAAAGAAAUCCGACCUGUUUGCAAGAAAUUCAUGCAAGAUCCCAUGGAAAUUUAUGUAGAUGAUGAGGCCAAAUUGACUCUUCAUGGUCUUGUGCAGCACUACAUCAAAUUGCAAGAAACAGAGAAGAACCGGAAAUUGAAUGAUCUUCUUGAUGCACUGGACUUCAACCAAGUGGUUAUUUUUGUCAAGAGUGUCAGCAGAGCAGCGGAGUUGAACAAGUUGCUUGUGGAGUGUAACUUCCCAUCAAUCUGCAUACAUUCUGGAAUGUAUCAGGAAGAAAGAUUGAAAAGAUACAAGGGCUUCAAAGAGGGGAAGCAAAGGAUUCUCGUGGCAACAGAUUUAGUAGGAAGAGGGAUUGACAUAGAACGUGUUAAUAUAGUUGUCAACUAUGACAUGCCUGAUUCCGCUGAUACUUACCUGCACAGGGUGGGAAGAGCUGGUAGAUUUGGCACCAAGGGGCUUGCGAUUACUUUUGUGUCUUCCACUGCUGACUCUGAAAUUCUAAAUCAGGUGCAAUCUAGGUUUGAGGUUGAUAUAAAGGAGCUUCCUGAACAAAUUGACACUUCCACAUAUAUGCCAAACUGAUGAAGUUUUGGGACAAUUAAGAGGCGGAAUCACCUAUGGGGAUGGAUUAGCUGGCAUCUCAUCAAUUCGAGUGUUUUGACAGAUAAUUAUUUAACAAAAAAUAUUAUUCUAAGGAAGAUUGACCAAUCUGAAUGUUUGCCGGCGAGACUCACGAGAACUGAUUUAUAUUAGUAGUUAGCGUGCAGAGGAAAGAUUGUAAAUAAUUAGGCGUCAAAAGGACAGUAUCCACUGCAUUUCUACUUUUGAAACCAAUCACAUAUUCUCUGGGAAGGAGUAGCCUCCGAGCAAGUUGAGACAAUAACUGAAGUAUUGAAUGACAGGAGAAUAUAUCUGUCAUUGGUUUCAAAAGUAGAAAUACAGAGGGUAAGGUCUUUUUGAUACCUAAUUAUUUACGAUCUUUCCUCUGCAAUUCUUUGAAUGUGCAAUUUGCCUCUUGUCAAGUUUAUUUUAUUGAAUGUGCCACUACUGAAAAUGUUAAACAAAUCGACGAUUAACAAUAGAUUUAUAAGCUAGCUAACUAUUUUGUAUUCU